AUAGUGUUUUCCCAUUUCUCCAGAAUGGUAUAUCCCAAGCCAGGAAUAUUCUCAUAAAAUCGAUAUUGUGUUAGUGUCUGUUUUACUCUGCAGUGUGCAGAUAUGAAUUUCUCGAAAAGUGUUGGAGUUUUCUUGGUAGUUAUUUUUGGGUUUACAUACGUAAAACACGUACAGUCUCUACAGUGUUACAACUGUGUGGCAUGCAAUGACCCAUUUGAUGAAGAUGGAAACAAAAAUAAUGCAAUGUCAUGUACUGGAUCCUGUCUGAAAAUCAGCUAUGGCGACAAAGCUGUACGUACGUGUUCGCCGAUCAGCUUAGGCGAUAGUUGUGAAGACUAUACAUACGAAGGACAUGAAGCAAACAGAUGUUCCUGCACCACAGAUAAAUGCAACCAUUCUAACAGCUUACAUUUAUCUCUCGUCAGCACUGUGGCACUUCUAGCUGCAGCUUUCUACUUCAAGAGGCUUUAGCUACAAGGAUAUUUUCAACGUUUUAUAUUUUACACUUUGAUACAUUAUAAAGACUGGUGUGAAAUUUUCAUUGUUUACGCAUUCUUUUCGGAAAUCUUUGGCUCUUGCAAGCUGCUGACUUCAAUAGGAGUGUUGAAAACCGUCAUAUCAUAUUGAUAAUGUGUUUAAAUAAGUAAUUAAGAAAAGGCUAAACCCUGUGAAUCGCGUGACUAGGAUUGGUAUGAUAUGUUUAAACAGAUGUUCGUUGUCUUUGCCCACUCUUUGUACUUUAAGUUUAACUUCCUAAAGUUUGGUUAUCUGCGAAGAAACAGAAUAAAAAGCAAAGAAUAUUCACAAUACCAACUGAUACACUUCUAAGUACUGUAAAAGUAAAUGCUAAUACGUUUUAUAAGCAUUGAUUUCUCAUAUCUUGCCAGUUUUAAUCAACCCAUGAUCUAUUCUACAAUGAUAUCACUAUAUGUUUCAUUAGCCUAUUCUCCAUGCGAUAUUCCGUCGCUUCUCCUUUAUGCAAAUUUAUAGUAUGCAAGUAAUCUGAGAGCAUUCUGGGACGGUUCAGGCAAUUCUGUAUCCAAUUAAAUAAAGCUUCUAAUAAAAUACUUAGUCAUGUAUGCCCGCUUCAAAUCUACAUUACUUGCAACUAAAACUAAUCUGUAAAGUAACUUGUAAGUUCAACAACAGGUCUGCUGCUUUUGCAUAAUCCCGUAGUGCCUUCUGUAUAACCAAGACUGUGUGCACAGAUGUUUCAUCUUGCUUGUACAAUUCCAGCAGGCAAAAACAGCCUAGUACUCGAUUGCUCGAUAUCAGCUUACAGACAUUUUAUUAUUAUCAGUGUUUAAAAGAUGGAACGGUGCCAGAAAGUCCUAGGCUUUACCUGCAAAACUGUUGUAAAAUGGUCUUUAUCUAUGCAACUUGUAACUUAAAAGUUGUAGUUUAA